CAGAGACGUGAACGCACCACCCGAACCAGACUCCCUUAUAUUGUUAACGUUGAUUUCUCCGGUUCAAGCAGCAGCAGCAUUUUGUCUUGUCGUGAACCGAUCCUGGGUCACAGCCGCCCACUGAACGCAUGAAAUCUCGGCUACGCUCACACCGGUGGACCGGUCUGGAGGCAUGAGGAGGAGCGGAGCUCGGAACGGAACCCAGACCCGAGGCUGCUGCUAGGGAUGGAUCCGCUGUGAGGAGCCGGGGUACCGAGCAGAGAGGCGGGAGGACCGGAGAGACAACAUGACGGUGUUCAACCCGGAAAAUGUUGAGGAAUUUUACGAGAUCGGAGACGAGCUGGGGAGUGGUCAGUUCGCUGUGGUCAGAAGAUGUCGCCACAGAAGCACGGGUGCGGAAUUUGCCGCCAAGUUUAUUAAGAAGCGGCGCAGCAAAACGAGUCGGCGAGGGGUGACGAGGGACGACAUUGAGAGAGAGGUGAACAUCCUGAAGGAGAUUCAGCACCCGAACAUCAUCGCGCUGCACGAAGUGUUUGAGAACAAGGCCGAAGUCAUCCUCAUCCUGGAACUCGUCGCUGGAGGUGAACUCUUCGACUUCCUGGCAGAGAAAGAGUCUCUGAGCGAAGAAGAAGCCACUCAGUUCCUGAAACAGAUCCUGGACGGCGUCCUCUACCUGCACUCCAAACAAAUCGCUCACUUCGACCUCAAGCCGGAGAACAUCAUGCUGCUGAACCGCUCAGUGCCUCACCCGCGCAUCAAGAUCAUCGACUUCGGACUCGCCCACAAGAUCGAUUUUGGCAACGAUUUCAAAAACAUCUUUGGAACUCCGGAGUUUGUAGCUCCAGAAGUGGUGAACUACGAGUCUUUAGGCCUGGAGGCCGACAUGUGGAGCAUCGGGGUCAUCACCUACAUCCUCCUGAGUGGUGCUUCUCCCUUUCUGGGUGACAACAAACAGGAGACGCUGGCCAACGUGUCAGCUGUGGAUUACACGUUUGACGAGGAGUUCUUCAGCAGCACCAGCGUCCUGGCCAAAGACUUCAUCGCUCGGCUCCUCGUCAAAGACCCAAAACGGAGAAUGACGAUCCAGGACACGCUGCAGCAUCCCUGGAUCAAGCCCAAAGACACCCAACAGGCUCUGAGCAGGAAGGAGUCGGCCGUCAACAUGGAGAAGUUUAAGAAGUUUGCCGCUCGGAGGAAAUGGAAGCAAUCCGUCCGACUCAUCUCUUUAUGUAACCGCCUGUCUCGCUCCUUCCUGUCCAGGAGCAACAUAAGUGUGGCGCGCAGCGACGACACGCUGGAUGAGGAGGACUCCUUUGUGAUGAAGGCCAUCAUCCACGCCAUCAACGACGACAACGUUCCGGGUCUGCAGCAUCUACUCGGAUCGCUGAACAGUUACGACGUAAACCAGCCAAACAAGCAUGGGACGCCUCCGCUGCUGAUCGCUGCCGGCUGCGGAAACGUUCAGAUCAUCGAGGUGCUGAUGAGAAAAGGAGCUGACAUCCAGGCUAACGACAAGACUGGAGCCAACGCCGUCUACCACGCCGCACGCCACGGUCACGUGGACACCCUCAGAUUCCUGCACGACAACAGAUGUCCUCUGGACGUCCAAGAUAAGUGUGGGGAAACGGCUCUGCAUGUGGCAGCUCGCUAUGGCAACGUGGAUGUGGUGAGCUACCUGUGCAGCAUUCGGUCCAACCCGAACCUCACGGACCUGGAAAAGGAGACCCCGCUGCACUGUGCAGCUUGGCAUGGCUACUCUGCUGUGGCCCGAGCACUCUGCCAGGCGGGAUGCCUUGUAGAUGCUAAGAACCGGGAUGGCGAGACUCCGCUCCUGACUGCAUCUGCUCGUGGCUUCGUGGACAUUGUGGAGUGUCUGGUGGAACACCAGGCAGAUCUAGAAGCUAGAGACAAGGACGACCACACGGCGCUCCAUCUGGCCGUACGGAGGUGUCAGGUGGAGGUCGUCCGCUGCCUCAUCAGACAUCACUGCCACCUGGACCAACAGGAUCGCCAUGGCAACACGCCGCUGCACAUCGCAUGUAACGAUGGGAACCUGCCCAUCGUCAUGGCGAUAUGCGACGCCAAGGCUAGCCUGGAUCUGCCCAAUAAGUACGGCAGAACUGCGAUCCACCUGGCCGCUAACAACGGGAACCUGGAGGUUGUCCGCCAUCUCUGCCUGUCCGGAGCAAACAUCGACGCCGUUACAAACGAUGGAAAAACAGCAGAAGAUCUGGCUUUAGCCGAUCAUCACGAACUGAUCGUAGCUCUGCUGGGAAAACUGAAGAAGGACAACCACAAGCUGAGCUUCAUCCAGCAGCUCCGACCCACUCCGACCAUCCAGCCCCGGAUCAAACUGAAGCUGUUCGGACACUCGGGAGCCGGGAAGAGCACGCUGCUGGAGUCUCUGAAAUGUGGCAUCCUGCGCAGCUUCUUCAGGAGGAGGAGGUCACGUAUGACCAACGCAACCCGCCACCCCAACUCCCCCGUCAACUCCAAACCGGCCGUCUCGGUCAGCAUCUCCAACCUGUACCCGGGCUGUGAGAACGUCAGCGUCCGCAGUCGCAGCAUGAUGUUCGAGCCCAGCCUCACCAAAGGGGUCCUGGAGGUCUUCUCCCCGGUCCACAGCGCCCUGUCCGCCGCUGACGAGCAGACCACCAAGGCCGUCGAUAUCCAGCACGCCAGCAUCCACGGUGUGGGCGACUUCAGCGUCUGGGAGUUUUCAGGAAACCAGGUCUACCACUGCACCUACGACUAUUUUGCAGCCAACGACGCGACAGCGAUCCACCUGGUUCUGUUCAGCUUGGAGGAACCGUACGAGACCCAACUGGGCCACAUCACGUACUGGCUGAACCUGCUGAAGGCCCUGACGCUGCCCCAGGACCACAUCGUUUUUGGAGGUCGGAUCCAGCAGCCUCUUCCGGUGGUUCUGGUAGCGACCCACGCGGACCUCGCCAACAUCCCCAGAACUUUCUCUGGAGAGUUCAGCUACGACAAGGAGCGGUCGCUGCUGAAGGAAGUCAGGACCAGGUUUGGGAACGACCUCCAGGUCAGCGACAAACUGUUUGUGAUGGACACCGGCGCCUCCAGCUCCAGAGACGUGAAGCUGCUGAGGAGCCACCUGCAGGAGCUCCGCUCUGGCAUCAUCUCUAGCUGCGCUCCGAUGACGCAGCUCUCGGAGCGCCUGCUGGCCGCCCUGCCAGCGUGGAGGAAGCUGAGCGGACCGAACCAGCUGACGUCGUGGCAGCAGUUCGUCAGCGACGUGCAGGAGCACAUUAACCCGCUGGUCAGUCAGGACCACCUCCGCACUCUGGCCCUCCAGCUCCACAGCAUGGGGGAGAUCAACAUAAUGCAGAGUGAGACCGUCCAGGACGUUGUCCUGCUGGAGCCCCGUUGGCUCUGCUCCACCAUCCUGGGGAAGCUGCUGUCGGUGGAGACCCCUAAAGCCAUCCACCACUACAGGGGGCGCUACAGGGUGGAGGAGAUCCAGGCUCUGGCGCCAGAGAGCGACGUGGAGGAGCUGCUGCAGAUCCUGGAUGCCAUGGACGUUUGCGCUCGUGACGCCACCAACCCUUCCAUGGUGGACGUGCCCGCUCUCAUCAAGACGAACGGCCUGCACCGCUCCUGGACGGAGGAAGAGGAGGAGGAGUCUCUGAUCUACGGGGGGGUCCGACUCGUCCCCGCGGAGCACCUCACCGCCUUCCCCUGUGGCCUGUUCCACAAGCUGCAGGUGAACCUGUGUCGCUGGAGCCACCAGCAGAAGCCGGAGGAGGACGGUGGAGAGGACUCGGACGGAGACAUCCACCUGUGGGCCAACGGAGCCAAAGUGAGCCAGGCGGAGGUGGAGGCCAUGAUCCUGCUGGUGAACCACGGGCAGGGCGUGGAGAUUCAGGUACGUGGACACGAAACGGAGCGGGCCAAGUGCUACACCCUGCUGGACACCAUCUGCAGCAUCACGGAGAACCUGCUGUCCUCCACGUUGCCCGGACUGCUCACGGCGCGCUACUACCUGAGUCCUCAGCAGCUCCGCGAGCACCACGCCCCCAUCAUGAUCUACCAACCCAAGGACUUCUUCAGAGCGCAGGUCCAGCGGGAGACCUCGCUCACCAACACCAUGGGAGGCUACCGGGAGAGCUUUAGCAGCAUCCUGGCCUUCGGCUGCGCCGAGGUCUACCAGCAAGGCGUUCUGGGUAGAGACGUCCACAUAUCAGACGUUCCCCUGUUGGCCCGCAGGAAGCUGAGCCGAAUGCUGGACCCGCCCGACGCCAUGGGGAAGGACUGGUGCCUGCUGGCCAUGAACCUGGGCCUCACCGACCUGGUGGCCAAACACAGCAACGGGACCCCGGACUCCGAGUCCCAGAAGGCCGAGCUGCAGCCCAGCCCGACCGCGGCGCUGCUGCAGGAGUGGAGCAGGCAGCCCGGCAGCACCGUCGGCGUUCUGAUGACGAAGCUGAGAGAGCUCGGCCGCCGAGACGCGGCGGACUUCCUGCUCAAGGCCUCCCCCGUCUUCCGGGUCAAUAUGGAGGCUGUGGGCGGGGCCUCUAGCAGUUACCCCCCCACCUGCAACGGCGGCACGUCGUACAACUCCAUCAGCUCCGUCAUCUCCCGCUGACGCUCCGCUCCACCAUCAGAACCGGGUCUGUUUGGGUUCCGCUCUCCUGGACAGAACAGGAACCCUGAGUUUUUAUUCUGCUGCUACUUAAUGUUCCACCAGAACCAGAAGUUCAGGAGGAGCUAGAACCUCCACCUGAGCCUGAGGGUCAGAACCACGGCGGCCAUGUUGUUUGGACCUCUCCGUGUGGGUUUCUGAUCCUGCCGAGGUGCCUUUGGGCCGUCUGCCUCCCUAAAAGCACAAACAGAAGUUCCUUCAAACAUCAGGAGAACCUCUUUGGCCUUUUUGACCCGACAGGAAAAUCAUUUUAAACUAAAACUCGGUUUUUCUCAGAACCAGAAUCUCCCGUCAGUCGAUGCAAAGAUCAAAUAAAAAUAAUUCACCUUGUUUACGGGUUCCAACGUUUUCUUCUAAAUGAAUUUUAAUCUGAGCUGUAAUGACUUCUGCUGCUGUGAUCCGGUUCUGCGACGUGUUUUAGUCCCACUGAGAAGGAACGGAACCCGGUUCUGCUCCAGAACCCGACCCGACUGGUUCUGGGUUUACUAUUAUGCUAACCGAUGGUUCUGGUCGUGUUUUCAUGGAGUAAAUAUAAAAACAGAGAAGUGUUAUUGAAUGUGCGGUAUGCACGAUGGCGGUCCUUCACAAUAAGAGUCUCAACUGCCUCUAAUCAUUUCAGGCUUCUAAAAAAGUUUUUCUUUUCUGGUAAAAAUCUAAAUAUUUUUGUAGGACUUAAAUGUUUUAGGGCUGAGACUCUUAUUUUGAAAGAUAAGACUUAAAUGUUUUAGGGUUCGUGUGUUUGAGGCUCUUAUUUUGAAAGACAAGACUUAAAUGUUUUAGGGCUGAGACUCUUAUUUUGAAAGACAAGACUUAAAUGUUUUAGGGCUGAGACUCUUAUUUUGAAAGAUAAGACUUAAAUGUUUUAGGGCUCGUGUGUUUGAGACUCUUAUUUUGAAAGACAAGACUUAAAUGUUUAAGACUUGUGUAUUUGUUUGAGACUCUUAUUUUGAAAGACUAAGGGAAGUUCUGCUGCGUUUACAGUAAAACCUUCACCUGAUGUUUAAUUAAAGGUCUGAUUGUUCUACUCCAGCCGGGUUUAGCUCCUCUGGCUGGAUUAGAGUUGGAUUAUAACGACGACGUCGAUCCCGACUCUUCCUGCUUUUCCUUUUUUCUUCCCAGUGACGACAAAUCCUCGUCGUAGGUUUCCGUGUCCAUUUUAAAUUCCACUAUUGAAUUUUACCUGAAGCUGCAUCCAACUAACUUCAGAAAUAUUUAACCCAAAAGCAGUUUUCCAGUGAAAGGAAGCUGGACUGAGAUCAUCCCUGCAGAGAUUAAAACUCACCUAUUGGCUGAUUUCUUAAGGGUCGUUUUCUACCGGUUUUAGUUUUAACUGGAAACUUUCAGCAGCAGAAGUCUUUUAUUAACCAUCGUGUCAGUUUAGUUUCCCCAGAGACAAAAACCAAAGAUUUAGAGAAUUUUUAAAGUUUUUUAAUCCUAAUUCUUCUAAGAGGAGGCUGCAGUUCACAGUUCUGGCCUCUAGGUGUCACUGCAGCCUUCCAGCUGGACCUUUAAACAGUUUAGUUGAGCCAAACGACUGAAACCCUCGGCACGGUGACCUUGGACUCCUCGUGCUCUGAGACGUUCACCCGUUUGAAACGUCGGGACCUGUAAACUAACGCUUAGACUUUAUCCGUCCAGCUGAAGGAGGUUUCCUUCUUUCAUCCUUUUUGAUGAUCUUUGCAUCGAUAAAGUGACUCGUUUUAGUGACGAGCGGCGGCGACGUUUGGCUUCGAUCUCAGGAUGAAGAGUUGAAAUGAACCCACACGCACUGAGAGGACUGGAUUUUUCCCACGUGCGUGUCCCAGUUCACCAUUCUGAUGCUUUAUUCCGGCAGCGUGGGAUUUCACGCCGCGGUGCCCCGUCGGCGCGUGGCUUCACAUCUUCUUUUGCUUUUCUCCACACGAAGCUGAAGCGUCAGCAGGAACAAACUAAAGAUGGAAAACGCCAAAGGCUGCUGACGACAGAACCUUCAAAAUAAAAGCUUUUUCACCCUGUUUUGAAACCAGAAAAAUGCACACUUCCUGUUUCUGGAGAUUGUUCCCUACAUGUUUAUGGAAGCUGAAGGGUCUCUUUUCCAGGAUGGUUUGUAAAAUUCCAGCUUUGUGCCAGACUUCAGUAUUUCCUGUCUGCUGCACCUCCUCCAGUGUUGCGGUCUGUUGGGAGCCCGGCUGGUUUCAGCCGGAGCUCGCCAUGCAGCGGCGGCGGCGGCGGCAGCAGCGGUGAGGUGGUGACGUGAAAACUCAGCCAUGCUUUCUGGACUCUUAUUUCUGACCCAAACGUUGAAGCGGAACGAAUGUAAAGCUUUGUGAGAUGAAACAAAGCUGGUCAGAACCAGAUGUGUGUGUGACGUCACAGCGCGUCGUCGCUGCCAACGGGGUGUGCCUGAGACACACGGAUUUAUCCUGCUGUUGAUGCCUUGUACAGAUUACAAACGGAGGAGCCAUUUCUGCUUCUCGUCACGUUAAUAAGCUGAAACGAGUGGAUUAUUUUUAAUCUGGAGGGAUUUUCUGCUCAGAUUCUGGUCUCGUCGCUGCGUUGCACAACUUGUUUGUCCUUAUUUAUGUUCCAUUCCUUUGGCAUGUCUGUGAAUGUUCUUCGUACUUCUGACACUUUACAGUGUGAAAUGUUUUAUAAUAAAUUCUUUACUUAUGGCUGUCGUCUCUCUGGAACGUCUGCAGGUUCCCGCCGUCGCCUCACGGAUCAUUUUUAACGAUUUUAAACAAGAAUGAUGUUUAGUUUGGAUCCCGGUUGAUGCAGAAAGUGAACUGGUGCCAAAAGUGGUCAAAUAAAUCGACUGUUUAUGGAUUUUAUUGUAUGUCUUUCUCAAUAAAAUCAUUUAAAUCACCAAA